CAUUACCGGUGUGUGAGCUAUAAGAUUCUUUUCUUGACAAAAUUUUGAAUAUUUCCUUAAAUAUUAGUCUAAAAAAUUUUUAAACAUGAGCGGAUUAGUAAGAACAGCUCACAAGGUUCUUCAGACCUGUGUUAAAAAUUCAAGUUUGGCUGCAGGUAUCGUUUCCCGUACACAGGUUCCUGUGAAACGUGACUUCACGAGAGGAAUAUGGCAUAUGAGCUGCUCUAAGAAAAUGGACAGCACUAUAUCUACAUCGAAUCUCCUUCAUCAUCAUUCCAACACUUGUAGCUGCGGCUGUGGGCUUAAAGCUCUUCACACGAAAGGUGAAAGAGAGUUAGUAGAAUUUUUAACUGAGGAAGUUGUAGCCGAACGCAAGGCCCAGAAACUGAAGAGCUUGCCGACUGAGGUCGAUGGAUUUGCAGUAAAGGGAGACGGUGCUGAAGUUACGUUGACCAAACAACUAAAAGAUGAACUUGUAAGAAUAACAUUCAAUGUGAACCACACGGUCGACACAGAGGACUUUGGUGAAGAGGAUGUACAGCAAGAGAAACAGGAGUUCUCAGAGAUGCGUUCAAAGCCCCAGUUUGAAGUCGACCUCGUCCGCGGAGACACAACUCUCGGCUUCACUUGCUCUUUCUUACAGGAACCUCCAUCAGCUAAUGAUGAAUACAAUGACAUCUUUGGUAUUGAUGAAGUUACUCUACACAAGGGUGAGUGGAAUGAUAAGGUGUAUGCAGUAGCUGGAGAUGUUUUAGACGGGUAUUUAUAUGAUCUGUUGAUGAAUCUUCUAGAAGAAAAAGGCGUCAGUAACGAAUUCGUUCAGAAACUUGCUGACUUUAGCACGGCGUACGAACACUCGGCCUACAUCAACCUUUUAGAGGGAAUAUCAAAGUUCACAAUUGGCAAACAAUAAAUAAUGAACUAUUAUAGUAGGAAACUUGUGUCUGUAAAACCCUAAGUUUUUAUUAUUACAUCACCAAAGUAAACAAAUGUGAAAAAAAUAACAAUUUAAGUUUCUGUUCUUAAAUUAUCUAAGAUUAAAAAAAAAAUGGCGUUUGCCUCAAUUUUUUUUAUCAAUUAUUAUCUGUGCCACUGGGUUUUUCUGUUGAAUUUACGUUGUAAUAAAUGAAAGAAGCAUUUAUUUCACUCUAGGAUAGCUUUAAAAGAUGUUUAGUUUUAAACAACGGUAUUGUUGCAUUAGUGUUAAAUGUGUUUAGUUCUGAAUAAAUAAUAUUAAAGUGUAA